AUGAAGAGCCUCACGAAACUUGCUGGAGCUCUGCUCUUGCUGGCGAACAAUACGCAGGCCAUUGCAUACACCGACGAGCCCGAUCCGUACUAUGGACAAAGUCCACCAGUCUAUCCGACUCCGGAGGGAACUGGUGGAGUUGACGCAGAAUGGCAGACAGCAUACGGCAAAGCCAAUGCCCUCGUUGAACAGAUGACCCUGGAAGAGAAGGUCAACAUGACCCGCGGACAUGUCGGCACUUGUGUGGGAAACACACCAGCAGUCGAAAGGCUGGGGAUCAAACCGCUCUGUUUCGCCGACGCUCCUGCCGGCAUAAGAGGGCAAGAGUUUGUAACGGCCUUCCCUGCCCAGAUCCAUGUUGGAGCUACGUUUGACAAAGCUCUUAUGCACGCGUAUGGCAAGGCGCUGGGAGAGGAAUACAGAGGCAAAGGAAUCAACAUUGCUCUGCUUCCUGUGGGAGGGCCACUAGGUCGCGUAGCCCGUGGUGGGAGGAAUUGGGAGGGCUUUGGGGCUGAUCCAUUCCUCUCCUCCGUGGGAAUGGGAGCUGUGACGACUGGACUGCAGAGCACUGGAGUCAUUGCCCAGAUGAAGCAUUGGUUGCUCAACGAACAGGAAUGGAGACGUAACCCCGGUGUCGGUGCGCCGGGCGAGGCUAUCUCCACCAAUGCUGACGAUCGCACGAUUCACGAGCUGUACGCGUUUCCGUUCAUGGACUCUUUGAAGGCUGGCUGUGCGAGUGCCAUGUGCUCGUAUCAGCGUGUCAAUAACAGCUAUGGAUGCCAGAACAGCAAACUGUUGAACGGAAUCCUGAAGACAGAACUCGGCUUCCAGGGUUUCGUCACCAGCGACUGGCAAGCUCAACAUGCAGGUGUUGCAUCUGCGAACGCUGGGAUGGAUCUUGUCAUGCCAGAUGGUGGAUAUUGGGGCGAUAACCUCACCGCUGCUGUCACCAAUGGUUCUGUCGCUGAGACCAGAUUAAACGACAUGGUGACCCGCAUCCUCGCAGCCUGGUAUCUCCUUGGCCAAGACGUUGACUUUCCCGAGCCCGCUGUUCACAACUAUAAUGUUAUUAGUCCGAUUGUCGAUGUCAGGGCUGAGCACGGCAAACUUAUUCGCGAGAUCGGCGCGGCAGGCACUGUUCUUGUCAAGAAUGUGAAUGGCACUCUACCUUUCAGCAAACCCAGGUUUCUCAAUAUAUAUGGCUACGAUGCCAAAGCACCGRACUCACCCUGGACGACCCCUGCAAGAUUUGGAGGUGGAUACGACGUCAACUUCGGAUGGAACACACUCAAUGGAACGCUGAUCACUGCAGGCGGCAGCGGUUCCAACACGCCUAGCUAUCUCAUCAGUCCCUUUGAAGCCAUUCAGCGGCGAGUCAUCGAUGAUUACGGCAUGGUUCGCUGGGACUUUGCGUCGCGCAACCCGACUGUAUAUGCAAACGCUGAGGCCUCACUCGUGUUCAUCAAUGCUUACGCUUCGGAGUCAUUCGAUCGCACAUCUCUCACGGAUGAUUUCAGCGAUGAGCUGGUCAAGAAUGUGGCGGCCAACCACUCCAACACCAUCGUUGUGAUUCACUCUGCAGGAAUUCGUGUCGUUGAUGAAUGGAUCGACCACCCGAACAUCACCGCCGUCCUCUUCGCUGGUCUCCCAGGUCAAGAGACUGGCAACAGCCUUGUUGAUAUUCUCUAUGGAGAUGUAUCUCCGUCUGGUCGCCUUCCAUACACUGUCGCAAAGAACGAGAGUGAUUAUGGCAUUCUCCUGAACUCCACCAUUGGUAGCGGCCCCUAUCCCCAAGACGACUUCACCGAAGGCCUCUACAUCGACUACAGACACUUCGACAAGUACAACAUCACACCCAGAUUCGAAUUCGGUUAUGGMUUGAGCUAUUCCACCUUUUCCUACGGGUCUAACGUUACCGUUUCGGCUACGAGUGACAAGAUGAGCGAGUAUCCCGCCGAGGAAGUCAUCAUUCCUCAAGGUGGACACUCUGAUCUGUGGGAUGUGAUUUACAAGAUUACAGUGACCGUAACGAACACUGGAAACCUCACGGCUGCAGAGGUACCGCAGCUAUACGUUAGCAUCCCAGAUGCUCCCCAGUGGCAGCUCAGAGGGUUUGGAAGAAUUCAUCUGGCACCUGGUGCAUGUGGAGAUGUCACGUUCGAGCUGACUAGAAGGGAUCUGAGCAUUUGGGAUGUCGUUGCUCAGCAGUGGAAGUUACAGGCAGCAGAAUACCCAUUCUUCGUCGGAGCUAGCAGUCGGGAUGUCAAGGUCGAGGGAAAGUUUGUCAUCUAG